AUGGACCUGUACGACUUCUCGGGCCACUUAAUGGACGGUGCUUUCGGAAGCGUUUACUCGGCGAUCAGAAGAGCCGACGGACUGCCGGUCGCCGUGAAGGUAGUGAGAAACUCCUCGGCGUCCUACCUGACGAACGAAUCGGGCGAAACGAUAUUGGCGGAGGCGCACUUCCUACGUGUGGUCUCGGGGAUCGAGGGUUGCACCGGAUUUGUGGACGUUCACCAGGUCAAAGAUUGUCAUUUACUCGUGAUGGAACGGCCACUUCGGAGCUCCGACCUAUUUCAAGUUCUGGAGAAAGUCGGCAGUAUCCCGAAGGAGAGAUGCAGAUGCUUCUUUCGGCAAAUCGUGGACGCCUGCGUCGGUUGCUUGAAACGAAACGUAGUUCACGGAGACCUGAAGAUGGAGAACGUGAUCGUCGAUCUGAACACGGACAGGAUCAAGCUGGUGGACUUCG